AUGAAGCUCACCAUCACCCUCCUCCUCACCACGCUCGCUGCCAUGGCCCUUGCCGUCCCAGAUCCGGCGCCCAUGUCUCCAGUCUCCGCUUCCGAGCUCACUUCCGCUCUCGACAAGCGCGAGUGCUCCUGCAGCACUUGCGACGACUUCUUCAAGAAGUGCCUCCGUAUCGAGGCUAACAAGCAUGAACACAGGACAAGCGAUGCUGGAUCGUUCCCUCGUGCUCCUACACCUGCAGCGUCGACACCUGCCGUUUGA